AUGGAGACGAAGAUCAUCAAAGUGUCCCCCAGCAAGGACUCUCCCCUCGGCAAAUUCGAAGCCUCCCUGCCCUCACCACCGUCUUCACCACCUACAUCAUCCUCCACCUCCUCCUCAUCAUCACCACCCCCCUCAAAGCUUGAAGAAUGGCACAUCCUCCCCUCCUCCACAGACGCCAUCGCCGCCCUCGAGUCCGCGGCGCACUACCUCCGAACCAGCAACACCCCCAUCGCCUUCCCGACAGAAACCGUCUACGGUCUCGGCGCGGACGCCACUCGCAGCGCCGCCGUCAAGGGCAUCUACGCCGCCAAGGGGAGGCCGUCGGACAACCCGCUCAUCGUGCACGUUUCGGAUCUGCGCAUGCUGCGCGAGCUGCUGGGCAAAGAUAAGGAUGACCGGGAUGCCAUUCCAAGCAGAUACAGGGCGCUGAUAGAGCGCUUUUGGCCGGGCCCGUUGACGAUCCUGUUGCCUAAUCCGCAGCCUUCGAAGUUGGCGCCGGAGGUGACGGCGGGGUUGGAGACGUUUGGGGCGAGGAUGCCGUCGUCGCCGCUGGCUUUGAGCCUGAUCAAGCUGGCUGGCGUGCCUCUCGCGGCUCCUUCGGCAAAUGCUUCGACCAAGCCAUCACCCACAGCGGCGCAGCACGUCAAGGAUGACCUGGAUGGGCGGAUCGAAUUCAUUCUCGACGGGGGCCCCUGUCAGGUCGGCGUCGAAAGCACCGUCGUGGAUGGCCUUUGCGAUCCGCCGGUGGUGCUCCGGCCGGGAGGCAUCAGCAUGGACGAGCUCCGGAGCUGUCCCGGCUGGGAAAACGUGGCCAAGGCGUACAAGGACCACAGCGAGCUGGGAAAGGCGGCGCCGAGGGCCCCCGGGAUGAAGUACAAGCACUACAGCCCCAAGGCGAGGGUUGUGCUCUACGAGUCUACCUACAAGGAUGGCUCUGAAGGGGUUCUGCCGUCGGAUGUUGAGGCUACGGGUGGUACGGGAUACGGCAGCACGGAGAAGACCAACGGCCGUCCACCACGGAGGAUAGGCGUGAUCCGGACGCAGCGAUGGAAGUCGGCAGCAGGGCUUGACUGCGGUGAUCUACAGCGGGCUCCCGUUGAUCAGGAGGCUCAUGACGACGAGUACCUGAAUCCCGCAUAUCAGGUGUUCAAAGGCCAUCUCAAGAAUAACCAGGGCGAUGUCGUCGGUGAGCUAUUCGACAUCGACCUCGGACACGACACGAAGAGGAUAGCCCAGGGACUGUUCUCGGCACUGCGAGAGUUGGAUCGCCGAAACAUAGACACGAUUUUUGUAGAUGGUAUAGACGAUGAGCUGGACAUUGCCGCUGCCGUCAUGAAUCGCCUUCGCAAGGCGGCCUCGGAGAUACGCUCAUGA